AUGCGCUGGGUACUCGCCGCUUCCAUCAUUACCUCCGUGGCAGCCGGUGUCUCCGCCCGCGCCGGCGGCCAAGCCCUCCGAAACCCAAACGGGCGAAACACCAACGUCCCUCCCCGAGCCAGAGCGCACCCAGGCGUGCCCUUUGACAAGUGGACGCGAGACGGCCCCGUUGCCAACAAGUUUGACAAUGCCGACACCCAGAAAUACAGAGUCAACGGAACGGCCAUUCCCGACGUCGACUUUGACAUUGGCGAGGCGUAUGCCGGCCAAAUGUCCAUCUCGCAAGACGUGAACGGCCCGGACAAGUUCUAUUUUUGGUUCCAGCCGUCCCCGAACCCCGACGCCGACAAGGAGAUUGUCAUUUGGCUCAACGGCGGCCCCGGCUGCUCGUCUCUCGAAGGCUUCAUCCAGGAAAACGGCCCCUUCCUGUGGCAAUACGGCACUUAUAGACCCGUUCCUAACCCAUGGGGGUGGCACCAUCUCACCAAUGUGCUCUGGGUUGAGCAGCCUAUCAACACGGGCUUCUCGACCGGCACCGUCACGGCCCAGGACGAGGAAGACGUCGCCCGUCAGUUCAUGGGCUUCUUUAAGAACUUUAUCGACACCUUUUCCAUGCAAGGGUACAAGGUGUACAUCACGGGCGAGUCAUAUGCCGGCAUGUACUGCCCGUACAUUGCCAACGCCAUGAUCAAUGCCAACGACACCAAACACUUCAACAUGAAGGGCAUGCUCAUCUACGACCCUUCCAUCACCGACGACCGCGUCACCGAACUCACCCUCGUACCCUUUGUCGACUACCACCACAGCCUGUUCCCAUUCAACGACUCCUUCACCAAGCAGAUCCACGACAUCGACAACAAGUGCGGAUACGCCGACGCCCGCAGCAAGCACCUCAGCUACCCUCCGCCCGGCCACCUCCCGAACCCUCUGCCCGGCAUCGACCCCAACACCGGCAAGCCUCGACCAGAGUGCGACGACUACUUGCUUGCCAAUACCAUCCAGCAGGCCAUCACAGACUUGAACCCCUGCUUCGACAUCUACCAGGUAGCCACAACCUGCCCUCUGCUGUGGGACGUCCUCGGCUUCCCCGGCAGCUUCGACUACCUGCCCAAGGGCGCCUCCAUCUACUUUGACCGCCAGGACGUCAAGAAGGCCAUCAACGCGCCCCUAGACAGGAAAUGGGCAUCCUGCGGCGGCCCCGUCUUCGUCGAUCACGACAAGUCCCCGCCUUCUAGCACCACCGUCCUCGGCAAUGUCAUCGACAAGACCAAAAACGUCGUCAUUGGCCACGGCGCCCUCGACUUUAUUCUGCUGGCCAACGGCACGCUCAUGGCUAUCCAAAACAUGACCUUUGGCGGCCAGCUUGGCUUUCAAAAGCCGCCCGUCGAGCCCUUCUAUGUUCCAUAUCACACGACCGGUGAGCUUGGAACCAUUGCCGGCGCAGGCGUCUUUGGGACUACUCACACAGAGCGUGGUCUCACCUAUGUUGGCGUCUCCCUGUCUGGGCACAUGGUUCCGCAGUAUGCUCCUAGUGCCGCCUUCCGUCACUUGGAGUUCUUGCUUGGCCGCGUCGAUUCGCUUAGCAGCAAGAAGCCCUUCACUACCGAUCCAAAGUUCCCUCAACCCGAUGGACCGCUAGGAAACGGCACCAAUUGA